UGCUUCCGGCCUCGCGCGCGGGCGGGCGGGCUGUUUCCAGUAGGAGUUUGCGGUAGAAAGAUCGCAAGCCUAACGUACUCUAUACGCCUGGACGUUUGGGGUUCCGAUUCGUGUUCUUUGUUUUGGCGUUACAUUUUUCUUUUUAUUGUUUUAGUUCAAAUUAUAAACUGACUUAUCUAGUGGGGACAUUCCAAGUGAGCGUGACGAGAAGAUAUGUUUAGACGAGUUGUACGGCAGAGCAAAUUCCGCCAUGUCUUUGGCCAGGCGGUGAAGAAUGACCAGUGUUAUGAUGACAUCCGUGUUUCACGAGUUACUUGGGACAGCUCUUUCUGUGCAGUCAAUCCAAAAUUUGUUGCCAUAAUCAUUGAGGCUAGUGGUGGUGGUGCCUUCCUUGUACUUCCUUUGCACAAGACGGGUCGAAUUGACAAAUCGUAUCCAACAGUAUGUGGCCAUACUGGACCAGUUUUAGAUAUUGACUGGUGUCCACACAAUGAUCAAGUUAUUGCCAGUGGAUCCGAAGACUGCACAGUGAUGGUCUGGCAGAUCCCUGAAAAUGGACUUGCACACUCUCUGACUGAACCAGUUGUGGUUUUAGAAGGACAUUCCAAGAGAGUAGGCAUUGUGACAUGGCACCCCACUGCACGGAACAUCCUACUUAGUGCUGGUUGUGACAAUGUCGUCAUUGUAUGGAAUGUGGGGACGGGAGAGGCCCUUAUCACACUAGAUGACAUGCACCCUGAUAUGAUCUUUAGCGUCUGCUGGAACCGCAAUGGCAGUCUCAUUUGCACAGCCUGUAAAGACAAGAAAGUGCGUGUGAUCGACCCCCGAAAACAAAAGAUUAUUGCUGAAAAAGAAAAGGCCCAUGAGGGAGCUCGCCCCAUGAGAGCCAUUUUCCUUUCUGAUGGGAAUGUGUUUACAACAGGCUUCAGUCGUAUGAGUGAGAGGCAGCUUGCCCUCUGGAACCCGCAAAACAUGGAGGAGCCUAUAGCAUUGCAUGAAAUGGACACAAGCAAUGGAGUACUGCUACCCUUCUAUGAUGCAGAUACUAAUGUUGUUUACUUAUGUGGAAAGGGGGACAGCAGCAUCCGAUAUUUUGAAAUCACAGAUGAAGCUCCAUAUGUCCAUUACCUCAAUACUUUUAGCAGCAAAGAACCCCAAAGAGGAAUGGGUUACAUGCCAAAACGAGGUCUAGAUGUCAACAAGUGUGAAAUCGCAAGGUUCUACAAACUGCAUGAGAGGAAAUGUGAACCAAUUAUCAUGACUGUGCCAAGGAAGUCUGACCUGUUUCAGGAUGACCUGUAUCCUGAUACAGCUGGACCUGAAGCUGCCCUAGAAGCAGAAGACUGGUUUGAUGGAAAAAAUGCAGACCCCAUUCUCAUCUCAUUAAAGCAUGGGUAUAUCCCUGGGAAGAACAGAGACCUUAAGGUGGUCAAGAAAAACAUCCUAGACAACAAGUUGCCAGUUAACAAAAAGACUGAGCACACAGGUCCAAUAAACAAGCCAGUAUCUGCCACACCCACCAUUCAAAGUGAAGCAAAGCUGGAUGAAAUUCUCAAGGAAAUCAAAUCCCUUAAGGACCUAAUCUACAGCCAAGAGAAAAGAAUCGGCAAACUAGAACAGCAAAUGUCCAAGAUAGAAAUCUGAGGACAAGUGCCUGAUUGUUUGCAAAGAUCCAUGGGCCAGAAUGAGUGGGGCUGGGCUGGGCCGGGUGCUGGUUGGGGAUUGGGUGGGCAAGUCACUGCCAGUCUUAAUAAAAACAUUCCACCUGUGGCCCUGUGUCAGAUAAGAUUCCAAAUGACAUUCCAAACUGAACUCUUUCCAGGUCCUCUUAUAACAUUUGAAAAAAAGGAGAAACAUAAUGCAAUUAUGACAGCUUUUUAUUGAAGAUUUUCAUAUGUUUUAAUAAGUGGGAGUUGACAUUUUGUCUUUUUUGUUUCAUUUUUUUAUUGUGACCAAGAAAUUAAAAAAUUGUGAACAGAUUAUAUUUACUUUGUUAAACCCAUAUGUUUUAUAUAUAGGUAUGAUCAGUAUUGCAUUUUUCCCUUAAUUUUUCAUUGCCAAAUUUUUAAAAGGAGUUUUGUUUACAUGCCUCCUUAUCAGUAUUUUUCUUUUUCCUUUUUUUAUUAUUUGCUUACAGAGGAAUUUUGACUAUAAGGGACAAUGCAAUAAGACCAUGUUUGAAUACAGUGGAGAAAUUGAAAUUUGAAAUCAUAGACAUUCUGUGCAGCCUUUUUUAUUUAAAAAAGCAAAAAGUGACACACAAAAACGGAUGUAUUCAUUGUGGCUGUAAGUGUAAUGUGCAGAUUCCCUGAGAUAUGAAGUGAGAGAUUUUUAACUCCGUGAUCCCAAAUUUUUGUUUGCUGUCUCUUUUAAUUUUUCCUUCCCCCGCUUACCCCCCCCCCCCUUCAGGUGGGUCGAGAUGGAGGAUGGAGGCUGAGCACAUUUAUACUGUAGGAUCAAGUGCAGUUUUAGGUAGUCUGUGUAUGGAAGGAUUUACUGUCAGGGCUCUUAAAUAAAUGAAUUAAAAUAUGCAUGCAUUGGAGUUAUUUCAUGUAGACAAUGGUAAUUAUUAAUCACCAUUCUUGAAAAGUAAUGUAAGGAAAGAUGUUCAUAAUCCUUCAUUUUUCUUUUAUUCCAUCUCGAUAGCCCUAUUUAGGUCGUCGUUUAAAAAUGACUAAUUCGACACACUAAUAAUAAAAUGUGCUGGUUGUCAAAUAUAGCUUUUUUUAGGUUUUUACAUAUGUUUACAAGCAAAGCAAAUGGCAGUAUCAUUUUUAUCUUAUUAUUUUUAAGCAAAGGCAUAAUUUGUGCUUUCAUUAUGAAACCCUCUGGUUUAGGGGAUCUUUAUUUGAAAUGCUGUCAAGAUUAAUCUGUGUACUACUGAAUUUUUCAAGCUUCAGCACAAAGGGGUGAUGUUCUUUUAUAACGGGUGGUGCUUAGGAUUGUUCGGGGUAUUUAGUUGAAAAGGUCAUCAUUCCUUCUCUUUAUUUAUGAUGAAAGAUAUGCUUUUUUUGCCUUUUAUGUUAUAAGCUCUAAUGUAGAUGUUGCCCGUCCAAUCUGUUUAACAUAUCAUUUUGUUAAGUUACAAUAAAACAGGUGAGAAUGAGAAUAUUCAGUGUGGCAUACAGUUAACAAAAGAUUCAUCUAGUCAAGUGAGGAUUGGAGGGGGAGAAAGCAAGAUGUCUUUAUUAUUAUUCCUUUUAUUUUCUCAGUGUUUUGUAUAUUUUUAACUGUGUUAGAGACUAGUAUAUAUAUUUUUUUAAAUACUUUUGAGGUCCCAGAGAGAGAGAGAGAAGUUUUUCCUAAACUCUCUAUUUUCAUCAGCCAAUACUCAAUGUUGCCCAUCGUACAAAGCCUGUCACGGUCCGCUCCUUGUCGUGACCACCUUCUCGCAUUCAGCCUGUCAUUUUCCACAGUAUUACAAGCCUAGACCACCCCUGUGGUGUUUCUUUUGUGUUUUUUUUUUUUUUUUUUUUUUGGUUUUAACCAGUGGGGCUUUGCCAGGGUCAUACUAAUUUGAGAUCAACCCAAAUUUCUCAAAAGCAUGCAUCUUAAAUGAAAUGUUAUCUUUGUGUAUUUUUUUUCUUUUAAAUAAAUUUAUCCAGCUUUUUGAAAAA